AUUUUCGGUGCAGAAACAAAACAUUCGGUUGUGUCGUCACUGACUUUACUCAGUCUCUCUCCGGUGUUCCACGGUGAGUCUGUACAAACUGUACCGUAUAACUCGAUACGGCUGCAACCGAGGGGUCGGGAAGAUGCUGUGCGCCGCCGCUGCAGAGAGGAACAAGGAGCCCCUCCUGUCGGUUCUCCGGGAGAACGUGAACACCGGGAGAUUCCUGCAGGCGCUGGAGAUCUCCUCCGGUACCGGGCAGCACGUCACACACUUCGCUCAGACCCUGCGGAAUAUAACGUGGCAGCCGUCAGAGUAUGACCAACAGUCUAUAGACAGUAUAGAAGCGUACAGAGCUCACCACAAGCUGAACAAUGUGAAACCUGCCAUCCACCUGGAUGCUUCUCUGCCCCAUCAGUCGUGGGGAGGGAUCCAGCCAGAGAGCCUCGAUCUGGUUGUAAACAUCAACAUGAUCCACAUUUCUCCCAUGGCUUGUACUGAGGGUUUAUUCAAAGGGGCUGGAGCAGUGUUGAAGCCGCAAGGUCUUCUAUUGACAUAUGGGCCAUAUGCAGUGAACGGUCAGAUCACCCCACAGAGCAAUGUUGAUUUUGACUACAGCCUACGGCGGAGGAAUCCACAGUGGGGGCUCAGGGACAUCUCCCUGCUGAACUCGUUAGCACAGAGAAGCGGUUUGUUCCUGGAGAAAAUGGUGGACAUGCCGGCAAACAACAAGUGUCUUCUGUUCAGGAAGGAGAGUUUGGUGUGAAGCGUUCAGUGGUUGUCGCUUCUCUCGCUGUGGAUCAGUUUGGCAGCAGAUGAUCAAAGCGCCUUAACUUACACCUGAAGCUCACAUGCUUUGCCACAUUUGCCAGAACUGUGAAUCAGUCACAUUUCCCUACAUUUUAAUACAUAACACAUGCGAUUACAUUAGUUCUGAAGUAUUCUACUGUGAACAGUGAUAAACUAUAUUGCACACAUGAAUAAAAUUAGUAAGAGUCA